AGUGCCGUUUCUCCCUGGUUUCUCUCAGUUCUUUCACUGGUUAAAAUGGUGACGAGAAACCAAGAUAUACUGGUAAAUUUAGUGGCUAAAAAGACUUGCAAUUUUGUUCUAUCCUCUUCUAGUCUCUCCAAAAGUUUUGGGUUUUUCUCUCUCUCCUGAUAAAUAUUUAGGACACCAGGAAAGUGUCGGGUCAGACAGGAGUGUAUAACCAGGAAUGUCUCAAACAGCUUCAUCGAGGCGGAAGCAAGAUUCUCCCCCAACCCUAAAGUUAGCCCUGCGGAGAACAAGUGAGAUGGUAGAGUGAGCGGCACCAGUAACCUAGUUUCCCCACAGCACGUGUUGGCGCCAAAACUACCAUCUCGGCCCGUCCCCUGCCGGAACUAUGUCUCACGUAAGCCACGUAAUCAUUGAUCCUGCGCCUCGCUAAGUAGUCCCGUUCAGGAUGCCCUCGGUAUACGCUUUUCCAGCUCAAGAGGUUUUCAGUAAGAAGAAAUCAGACUCAGAGGUGCGUUUGCGGUUCUGAGAGCAGGGCUAAUUGGCUUUGCUAAGUCAUUUCCUUCAGAUUCCUCCGCCAGGACGCAUAGUCACAGCGCCUUCACUUCCGGGUCCGCCAUUUUAUUGCCUCCAUUUCUCCGCGAGGGGGGGUAAGGGCCCCCCAAAUAUGCAUAUGUGAAAAGGCCAAAAAGUGAAGCCACUGGCAAGGAAUCUUAACUAGAGAAAGAAACGGGACCAAACUGGCGGGCCCAGUGAGAGCGAAGCCGGCAGCGCUCCGGACUAGCUACCUGGAAACUUCUGUCUCUAUGCAUAAAGAUGUCUCUGGUGGACUUGGGGAAGAGGCUGCUAGAAGCUGCAAGGAAAGGCCAAGACGAUGAAGUGAGGACACUGAUGGCAAAUGGGGCUCCGUUUACCACAGACUGGCUUGGAACCUCACCACUUCACCUUGCAGCCCAGUAUGGUCACUAUUCCACAGCAGAAGUGCUCCUUCGAGCUGGCGUUAGCAGGGAUGCCCGGACCAAAGUGGACAGGACCCCUUUGCAUAUGGCUGCAGCUGAUGGACAUGCUCACAUUGUGGAACUACUUGUUAGGAGUGGCGCGGAUGUGAACGCCAAAGACAUGCUACAGAUGACAGCUCUGCACUGGGCCACGGAGCACCGCCACCGAGAUGUUGUCGAGUUACUCAUCAAAUAUGGGGCUGAUGUCCAUGCUUUCAGCAAAUUUGACAAGUCUGCCUUUGACAUAGCACUGGAGAAAAACAAUACUGAGAUUUUGGUCAUGCUUCAGGAAGCAAUGCAGAAUCAGGUGAACACUAACCCCGAGAGAGCCAACCCGGUGGCUAACCCUGUGGCUGUGACUGCUCCGUUCAUCUUCACCUCUGGAGAGGUCGUUAACCUCGCUAGCUUUGUUUCUUCAGCCAACAACACCAAAGCAACCUCAGCUAAUUUAGAAGAAAUCGAAGAAGGAAAUUCUCUUGACUCCUCAAUCCAGCAAGUGGUGGGGAGUGGAGGCCAGAGGGUCAUCACCAUAGUGACUGAUGGAGUCCCUCUUGGUAACAUCCAAACCGCAAUCCCUACUGGAGGCAUUGGCCAGCCGUUUAUUGUAACUAUGCAAGAUGGGCAGCCAGUUCUAACUGUGCCUGCUGGUCAGGUUGCAGAGGAAACGAUAAUUGAAGAGGAAGAAGAGGACGAGGAGAAGUUGCCUUUGGUGAAGAGACCGAGGAUGGCAGAGAUGACAAACAGUGUUGAGGAAAUGAAGGAAGGCAGUGAAAGAGAGCUACUGCAGCAACAGCUCCAGGAGGCCAACAGAAGAGCCCAGGAGUACAGACACCAGCUCCUCAAGAAGGAGCAGGAGGCAGAGCAGUACCGGCUCAGGCUGGAGGCUAUGGCUCGGCAGCAGCCCAACGGAGUGGAUUUCACCGUGGUUGAGGAGGUGGCUGAAGUGGAUGCUGUAGUGGUGACAGAAGGGGAAGAGGUAGAAAGAGCAACACACGCCAUGAAGUCAGGAAGGACCACGGAGCCUCACACUAGUGUUUCCAUAGAAACUGUUUCCUCCUAACAGCCACAACUUGUGCUCGUCUUACUCUUUUUAAGAAGAAAGUACAGAGGCAAGUGUCGCAUACAAAUUCGAAUGUCCUUAAGAAGGUAACAGUAGCCAGGCUCAAGGCCUGAGCCUUGGAAGGCUGCAUGUGCAGUUGGAAAACUCAGCCAUUUUAGGAGUAUCGGAGGGACCAAAGGACCAGGACCAAAUCUCUCCGCUCAUAUCGUUGCUUUAAACAGAGUAAUGGGCAUUGUGGGUUGAUUUUUUUUUUUAAUAGUUAGCUUUAUAUCAAAAGAUUUUAACUCAAUACUUGUAAUACAUAUACACCAAGAGCCUUUAAAAAUUUCAAGUGACCUGAAGAUUUGCCUUAGAUUUAUGAAGCUGACAAGGUUGUAGGAAACCUCCUCUUGAGGAAGAGUAAAGGCUAUCAUACAUUUCUAAAGGAGCAGGCACACAAGUUCUUCCUAAUUAAUUUACUAAAAUGAAAUCUAUAAGCCAGGCAUGGCAGUACACACCUUCGAUGUCAGCACUCAGGAAGCUGCGACAGAAAACUUUUUGACAUCAGCCUGAGCUGAAGGGAGUCCUUCAGUAAAAGGGCCAGAUGUUGUGGUGAGUGCCUUUAGUUCCAGCACUGGGGAAAUAGACACGGGCGGAUCUCUGUGAGUUCAAGGCCAUGUGGUCUACAUACCAAGUUCCAGGCCAGCCAAGGCUACAUACAUAGUGAGACCUGUGUCCUAAAAAGCAGAACAGGCCGGAGUGGAGAAGUGGUGGGUUUGGAGCUUUGCUUGCUCUUCCAGAGAACCUUAGCUCCAUCCCUAGCCCCCGGAUCAAGCUGCUCACAAGUACAUGGAACUCCAGCUCCCAGGGAUCAUGUUCUUUUUUGACAUGUGUGGAUAACCACACAUAUACAUUUAUAUAUACAUAUAAAUAAAAAUUUUAAAAAUUAAUAACAAAAAAUAAGUUAAAUGCAGUCGUUCACACUUUGGGAACCAGAAAUAGGAAGAUUGCCAUGAAUUUGAAGUCAGCCUGAGCUCCGUAGUGAGUUACAGGCCAGCCUGGGCUACUAUGUGGGACCUUAAUGCAAGGGAAAAACAAGUGUAGUGGUGUGCACCUCUCAUUCCUCCGCUUGGGAGGCAGAGGCAGGAGGAUCUAUGAGUUUGAGGCCAGCCUAGUCUACGAGAGAGUUCUGGUAUAGCCAGGGCUACAUACAGAGACACUUCUUAACAAAGAAGGUUUGAUUUAUGAUUGCCCGAUAAAUUGUGUAUCUGUAGCUUAGAUACCAGUAUAAAAAGAAAAAACAAAAUUAAGCUAGGCAUAAUGGUGGAUCUUGUAAUCCCUGCACUUGGGAGGGUGAGACAGAAAAUCGCUAUAACUUGUUAGAGGUAGCUUUGGCUUCAGUAAGAUCUUUCUCAAAAAGUAACAACAGAAACCCAGAAAUGACCAGCUGUGGUGGCGAUGGGCUCUCGUCCCUGCACUUGGGGAGCAGAGGCAUGCAGGUCCUUGGGAUUCUAACUAGCUUGGUCCACGUGGUCAGUUCCAAGCCAGCAGGGUUACCCAGACCCUAACAAGGAACAGAGAAAAAACAAAAACAAGCCCUGAGGAAGUAACUCAGAGGUAGAACAUGCUGCUUAGCCUGCAAGAAGCCCUGGGUGCGUCCUUUGGCACCGUACGAUUACAAGGAGACAAGGCCAGGAGAGCAAAGGAAACCAUUGACACCAAACCUAAAAACAGGAGAGAAGCUGUGUUGACAUGGCAGUGUGUGCGAAGCCAUGCCUUCCAGGCUGUGUUUCCAGAGCACAGGAGGUGGCCAGACAGAGACUUCUGGGCUCCAAGUCUCUGCUCUAGAGAUGGAAACUGGAUAUUGGCUGGACUUUAUAAAACCACAAGCAGGAGGAUCAGUUUUUUAAAAAAUUUAAAUUAAUUUUUGUUUGUCAUUGUAACAAUAUCUUGCUUCCAAACAUCUAUUUAUAUAAAAUCAAGCUCAAAACUCUUUAAAGUGUAUACAAUUUGGCCAAAUUUUCUAUAUCACAUGGGACACUGGUGCUUUCUGUAGCACUUAGCAUCCUGUCAAAAAGGAGUGUGGCAGACAUAGGGACUGACCGGGCUGGGGAGGUUUGUCCCUGUUUGAUUUUGUGUGAGUGCAUUGCUGCUUCUCUCAGUGUGGCCAGUAGAGUCUGUGCCCUAGAGUGCUCAGGUGACAAAGGGAGUGGGUGUCACUGCCACAGCCAGGAGCCAGCCACACACCCAGGCCCUUUGCUGACCUCCCUUCUCCCUUUGCUCUGUAUAUUCCCUCUGCUCAGACACUUUUGCAAAGAUUUUCAGUGCUGGGUAUUUGAGAAAGGGUUGGGACGGGUCUCUCUAGCAUGAAGUGGAUGUAUGUGUUUGUAUAGCUGGACACUACUUACGCUUGUUAGCAGUCAGGAACUACAGGAGGAAGAUUGAGUUCAAGGCCAGCUUGAACUACGGUGUGUGAGCCUUUCUCAAAACCACAAAAACAAGACAGCUGAACAUUGAGCCUCAUGCCUAUAAUCCCAACUCAAAGGGUCACUGGUGUCUCAAGCUGAGACUUCUAGGCAAUACAGUGAGCUCUACUCUAGGGUAGCAUAGACCACAGAGACUAGAGUCCAGGAGGAGAGCCCUUGUAUAUCAUUCUAUGAGGUCCUAGUCCUAGUUCAAUCCCCAGGAAUGCAAAAAAACAAUGUUUGAACAUUUUUUUUUUUUGGUUCUUUUUUUUUUCGGAGCUGGGGACCGAACCCAGGGCCUUGUGCUUCCUAGGCAAGCGCUCUACCACUGAGCUAAAUCCCCAGCCCCGUUUGAACAUUUUUUUUUAAACAGGGUGUGAUAGUACAUGUCUAUAGUCCCAGAACUGGGAGAGGAGGCAAGAGGUCAGAAGUUGAGGGUCAUCCUUGUGAUUUAUCAAGUUUGAGGCCUGUGUAUACCCUGUCUCCCCAAAGUGGGAGAGGAAUAUGAGCGCAGAGAGGGCUUUGGGAUAGGUAAUGUAGACUUGCUUCCUUUAUUGCAAAUUAGAAGAAACCAGAGGGACAUGUGCCAAGUACACAUUUGAUUGACUGUUGAGAAUAUGGUUUCCUAAUUAGUGAUCAUGAAGAAAACAUGCAUUUUUAACCUGGAAAAGGGUUGGCAGUUAACUUGGUUCUGUUUACCUUGACUAGUAUAAUAAUUUGUUGUAGUGUUCCAGAGGUAUAGAAUCAUUUCUGGCUCAAAAUAGACUGAAACAUAAUUCUCCAAAUCACAUUUAGCAGAAUUGACUAUUAGGAGUUUAUAGGUAAAAAUAAUCAUUUUAAAAUUAACCUUCACUGCUGGCACUGUGGCUAGGUCUGCUCCACAGAUCUGAGCAUCAGAGAUUAUUCUAGUGUGUUGAGAGCAUUGUGUAAGCACAGGGAGGAGCUGUGUGUGGUUAAGACGGUGGCUUCAUCUGCUGUGGAUCCUUCUGUUUGCAGGGCUCUUCUGAGACACCCUGGGAAUGGGGUACUAGCAAUAAGCUGUCGUGGGUGGCAUUUCAGAGCCUUGGUAACUAGAGAGAGUAAGUUUCUUCAUAGAUGGCUUUUGUUUACAUUCCUAGAGCAUAUGUUGACUUUAAUUCCCUUCCUUCUUUAAAGGAAUAGAUAUUAACUCUGCAGAGGAGAGCUACACCUGACCACCUCGUUCUCUUGAGUAGUGCCUGUGGGGAUGGGAGUCUGUCCAUUGAGUCCUCCCUUCUGAGCAGAGCUUCUUUCUAUCUUUAGGGAGGGCUGGUUCCGUUGUUCCAAGUCACUUUUGAACAUGAGGUCUCUGAGAUAGAAAAGAAGAGAUGGACAAUGUCUUAAAGAGGUUGACAGGAAAAAAGGUUCUCUUUUAUUUACUUUUUUUUUUUUUUUUUUCCGGAGCUGGGGACCGAACCCAGGGCCUUGCGCUCGCUAGGCAAGCGUUCUACCGCUGAGCUAAAUCCCCAACCCCUUUUAUUUACUUUUUAAUAGACAUCUAUCAUCUCAAAAAGGAAGUAGGCUUUGCUUUUUGAUUACACUGCUCUGAGUGGGAGAGGGUAUGGAAGAGAGUGAUUCCAGUUAGUUAGAAGUAUUGAAUAGUCAAACAUAGGGCAACAUGUGUGAAAUCCCAGCACACUGGGAAGAAGGUCAAAGCAAGAGGAUCCAGGGUUAGAGGCCAUCCUGGGCUACAUGAAGACAGUGUCUCAGAAACAAAAGAUGGGGCUGCAGAAAUGGCUUGGUGGAUAAGAACACUUGCUAUAUGCAAAUUUGAAGACCCAAAUUCAGAUCCGAGUACCCACGCUAACAAACCAGGCAUGGUUUCUGGCACACCUGUAACCCCCAGUCCUCUAGAAAGAUGAGGCAGGAGGGUCACUAGGCCUGGCUAGCUGCCAGCCUUGCCCAAAAGGUGAGUCUCAGGUUCAGAGAAAGACUGUCUCAAGUGGAUAGGCAGAGAGUAAUGGAGGAGGAUACCCAACAUCAUUCCCUUCUACCCUCUGCCCAUAGAUACAUGAGCCUGGACACACACACACACACACACACACACACACACACACACACACACGUGCACAUACUCCACACUCACAUAUAUAUAUAUACAGCACAUACAAACACACAAGUAGAAAUUAAAUAUCAAAUACAUUAAUUACUAUUUCAUGACUUCACAUAACCGGGGCGCCACUCUGUAUCCCAAGCUGGCCUCAGACUCAGGGCAGUCCUCCUGUCUCAGCCUCUUGAGUGCUAGGACUGUAGGCAUCCUCAUCUGGUUUGGUUGACCUUAGAUCUUCUGAGUUAAGACAUCUCAGCGGAUUAGUGGAGCUGGAUUAGUGAGAAUCGAGUAGCAGGUGAGGUGUUCAGAGCUGGGGCUCGAGCAGGGACAACACCAGGCUUAGGACUCCAGUAAAGCUGCUACAGGGACACCAGUGUUAAUUCAGGGCUGUAGAUUAAUGCAGUUAAUUGUAGACCCUACAUUUGCAUCUUGGUUGUAAGUCUUUCACCCCAGUAGAGAAAAAAAUGUUACAACUUCUGUUUUUCCUGGCUUCAGGAAAUUCAUGACAGAUAUAUAAUGUGCCUUUCCUCCAUGUUCCUGCCUCUGGGCAGUGCCAGAGCAGAGCCCUCAUGGCUGACAUAGGAGAAAACAGCUUUAUGGAGUUUUUGCUCUGAACUCUGUGCCUUAAAAGAUAUUUUUCUGUCAGAUGUAUAUUUACUUUAUUUUGUUUUGUUUCCAGUCUUACUAUGUAGCUCUGGCUGCCUAGAACUUGCUGUGUAGACCAGGCUGGCUCAAAUGUAUAGAGAACCCCCUGCUUCUGCCGUCCCCUCCUGAGUGCUGGGAUUAAAGGCACCCUAUCCCUUUGCUGGGUGCAUCUCAGUGUAUUUGUAUGUAAGUACAUAAUGGAUCUUCCAGUUUUCUCUUUGAGGUUAAGCUCUAAAUUAUCUGGGAUAACCUGGAAGCUUACUAAGUUACAUAGAAAGGGUUUCUUUGAAUUCCCUUAAUCCAAAGGGAGGUACAUGGAAUGCUGGGAGGGUUGGGGGAGGGGGAGCACUGAGUAAGGAUCACUGUGGGAGUUGAGGCCCAGGGAGAUGGUCCAUGCUCAGGGGAAAGCAAGCAAAUACAAAGACACCAUGCAGUGCACAGUGACAGGGAUCAAAGUGAGCUUCCCCUCCAUGGCUGGUUGCCUUUUAUGCCUGUUGAAGCUUCCUUGACACUUCAAAAACCCCUCAGAGCCAGGCAUGGGUACACCUUUAAUAUCAUGGCUCUCUGAGUUCCAGGCCAGCUAGGGCUAUACAGUGAGACCUGUCUCAAUGAGAAAUGAAAAGCCCUCUAGCUUCCAGGCAGGAAAACCCAGAUGAGGGGCUGCAAACGGACAGACACCCUGGGUUCUGCAUUCCCAGCUCAGGAUCUCAUGUUGAGAGAUAACUCACUCUGAGAAUGGUGAAGCGGUCAUUGCCUAACAUCCGCCACUUCUAAUGCUGUAACAGCCGAGGCAGGUGGUGAACUCUUGUCAGAAGUUGAAGAGUGAGCAGGAGUCACUUUUUUGUCCCAGUUUAUUGGAGACUAGCUUGCUGUUCUCUACUCGAGCAGAUGAAUUUACGCCAAGACUCCCAGCACGCACUUUAUGCUCUUACCUCUGUUUUGUGUUUUGUUUUCUUUCCUUGAAUUGGGGUCUCACACUAGCCCAGGACUCCCAGCAAUCCUUGUGCCUUAAUCUCCCAUGUACUAAGAUUACAGACUGAGCCACCAUGCCAGACCGGCUCUAGCUCCAUUUACCAUGGUGCCUCUACACUUUUCAGACUUUGUACUCCAUUUUCUGUUACUUUACUUACCAGGAGACCAAAAGCAAGAAGGAUGUGAAUUAGAAUUAAAUAGCUUUGAGCCUCUGGUGCUGCCCUUUUAAACAUUUUAACCUCUCUAGGGUUAGGGGGAGGAAGAUAAUUCCUAAACUCUAUACAAGUAAUUAGGUGUGUUAAUAGCAGGAAAUUGUGAUCCUCUCUACUCCCCACCCUACUACUGUUUCUGCUGUCCCACGGCUCUUGUCUUUGGAAGGUUUUGCCAGGCACUGGAACCUAAUUAGUCGGUCAUCUCUAAUCUGUGGGACUCACCUUUCCUUUCUCUCCUCCUUCCCAACCACAUACUUUGUUCUGAGGUGAUUUGUUUCUGAGAACUAACUAGGUUACCCCUCUGUUCCCACGUAGUUUCUGGCGUCUCGCUAUGUCAACUGUUACAGUAGCAACUGUGCUCGCUGGCCUGGCCCAGUGUGUGCUCUGCCAAGGCCAUGGAGAGGAGGGUGCCCCGGGGUUCUUCUCAGUGUUGCCUUGGUUUUCAAGUUGUCCGGCAGCUUUAUGUAUAGUAAACUUUCAGGAAAACAAAAGUUUCUUUUUUAUUUAGGAUAAACAGUUUGAUUCUGAUGCACAAGCUUCCGUGUAUAUGUGUGUGGAUGAGCAUCUCUGUAUGUAUACCUAUAUAGAUCUAUAUUAUAUAUACAAUUUUGUACUAUCGUUUAAAAUAAAGACAUUUCUUAAUAAAA